AUCCACUGUUAGCACGGCUCUUCACGCCGUCCCUUAGUAUCAGGAGCUGCCUGCAUUCAUUAUCGUCGAACGUAGUAUUCUUCAAAGAAAGGGAUUUGCUCGCGAUGGUUGAUUCCGUGUUCCGUACUCGUUCUCUUGGUACACCAGCCGAGGGUGUCAAGGAUCAAUAUGCGGAUGGCAGAGCGGCGAAGGUCUGGGAAGUCUUCAUCGGCGACAAGAAGCAACGCACGCAGAACUAUCGGGACUUCUUGGUGGGCUUGCUACGGCAGAAGAGAUGCCAACGCAUAUUAGACGUCGCCUGCGGUACUGGCGUCGACUCGGUGAUGCUUUUGGAGGAAGGCUUCGAAGUCGUCAGCGUUGAUGCAUCUGACAAGAUGCUCAAGUAUGCACUAAAAUCUAGAUGGGAACGCAGGAAGGAGCGUGCUUUCGACAAUUGGGUGAUUGAAGAGGCAAAUUGGCUGACUUUGGCUAGUGACAUUAGCCACCUCAUUGGAGAGGGUUUCGACGCCGUUAUAUGCUUGGGAAACAGUUUCGCUCACAUGCCCGAUUCUUUCGGGGAUCAAAGAGAACAGAAGCGAGCGUUCGCGAAUUUUGAGCGCUGCGUAAAGCCGGGCGGUUUACUGCUCAUUGAUCAUAGAAAUUAUGACUACAUAAUCAGAACCGGCCAAACUCCCUCAAAAUGCAUAUAUUAUAAUAGUCAGCAUAUGACGGACAUCAAGACGUCGGUGCUUUACGUAUCCGGAAAGCCAACGAUCGUAACGAUGGAUUAUAUGAUCGCUUUGGACGAGGACAGUAAAGACAACCUUGAGUCAAUCAGCGAAUUCAGGUUGUCGUAUUAUCCUCACAGAUUAACUAUUUUCCGUGACAUGCUGACCGAUGUGUUCGGUCAUGGGGCGAAACACACCAUUUACGGUGAUUUCAAGCCGCUUAAUCAGAUCGAAGAUCCUGGAUUUUACAUCCAUGUCAUGGAGAAGCAAUCUUAAAGCAAGACACCGGCAUCGGUCGACGUAACUACGUGACAUUCAUUUCUAAGUGGUGCCAUCGGUUUUUUGGGACAGUAUCAAAUGUUUCUUCGUGAAACGUCUCUUCUUGGACGAUACGUUGUACGAAUACGUUGAGUUAAUCUGUCCACGUUAAGACAUUGUAUAAAGAUCGAUAAAGGUGAAAUGUUUUUUAGCGAACAAGUGAGAAGAAGACUUGGAAUUAAAAUUAUACCUGUUGCAUACUAGAUCUUUUAUAAUUGUAAAUUUGUUGAGAAAAGCAAUGAUAAAAAUGUAUCAAUAAAGAAAUAUAUUCUUAGAUGUUUACACAUGUACAUACAUAGAUUGUCAGAAAUAUUUUAUAUUAUACAAAAAUACGAAAGAGGACGUGAAUGAUGAGAGGAUCAGCGUAUGAGAAAGAUGUAUUCCGGAAUGACAUAUAAACGAGAGUAUAAGUUUCAA